AGAUAGUGAAUUCCUAAGUAAUUACCUACGUUAAUCCAACAAAUAGUGGUUACCCAAUGAAAUAGCUUUGUCUGCAAUCAAGUUUUACUAAAAUUGACGUGUUUUUGAAUGAUUCGAGGCCACAAACCGUCUUGAAAAUGUCCACAAAAGCUAGCGAAGAAGAGUCGCAUCAUGACGAGAGUGACAUUACCGAUGAGUUUAUUGAUGAUGAUGGCGAUAAAACGGGAUAUUUUCCGGGAAAAACAAUCACCCUGCAAAUGCUGCUGGGAUCAAAUAUUCUUCAACCUGGAAAAGCAGCGAUGAGCAUUGAAUAUUUGGGUCAAAAGUUUAUCGGCGACUUGCUUCCGGAUGGGAAAAUUAAAUCACACGAAACCGAAACUAUCUUCUGCUCUCCUAGUGCUUGGGCUAUCUAUUGCAAGCGGAUCAUUAAUCCGGACAAAAAAUCCGGAUGCGGUUGGGCCUCAGUCAAGUACAAAGGGCGAAAACUAGAUGCUUACAAAGCAGCUUAUCACCGGAAGCAGUUAUUGAAAGAGAAAGACCACAAGGAUGACAUAGUUCCGAAUGAAGACUUGAUUGAAGAAAUUGAAGAAGAUAAAACAGUAAUGGAACCUCCACCGGUCCGCCGAAAUGUUGUUCAGCACAACACAGUCAGUAACCGAAAUAUUCUUCAUGACGCCAACACGUUAAUCGAGUCGAUUCCGUUUGGUUCAAUCGGUAAAAUGCAACCAUUUCUGGUUUCUGUUAGUACUUCAACGGUUCUAUUGAUGGACUUUCACUGUCACCUGACGAACAACGAAGUCUGCGGCUAUCUCGGUGGAACGUGGGAUAUUAACGCACACAAUCUGUCCAUCACUCAUGCAUUCCCAUGUCGUAACUCACGCUUUGAUCGAGACAAGGCGGCGAUGUGUGAGCUUCAAAUUCAAAAACUGAUGGUCAAGAAAAAUCUUCACCUGGUCGGCUGGUAUCAUUCGCAUCCAAGGUUUCCGGUGCAACCGACACUGCGAGACUGUGAUGCACAGCUGGAGUACCAAAUCAAGCUGAGGGGACCAACGGAGGCAUCCUACACACCGUGCGUGGGAUUUAUUUGCUCUCCAUACAACGACGACAAUCUUACAAUGGAAUCUAGCAUUAUGUCGUUUUGGGUUCUUCCCCCACCAGAAAAUCGUCCGGCUGAAUAUGGACGUCCGAUGCUUAUGUCGUAUAGUUUAGUGCCGGAUGAAACUCUUUCGGAAGACAUAAAGGAGGAAAUGAUGUUGACUGUCGACUACUAUAAGCAAUUUAAACGAGAACUGAUCAACUUCCAAGCCAUUUACAAGAAUGAAAUUACUUAUAUAGAAAAGUUGAAAAAAACUUUGGUGUCUAAAUUUCCACUGGACUCGACCAAUGGCCACUUUUGGAAUUGGAUCCGUGAAUUACUUGGACUGGAUCAUGAAGAAAUUAUGGUAAUUCCCGAACCGCCGCCACCGUCAGCAGUCCCAAUAAACAUACCCAAACUACCGGAACCGAUUUCUGCCCCAAUGGUUGUGAAUUUAACCAACGCAGACGACGCGAGUAUGACCAUGGAGGCUAAAAACGAUGACGAUUUUGACGGGGUCUCUGAAAUGGGCGAUUCAGACGUUAUCUCCCUUAAAGAUGAUGAUCCAAAGGCUUCUUCAUUAGCAAUACCAAGCCUACAGGCACAAUUGAAGCGACCUUCCGGCUUAAACAUGACUCCUUCGCCCUUGUCUAGUUCUUUAGUCGUUUUGCCGCCGAAUCUCAACCAGAACAAUACUGUUGUAGGUCACAACAACAACAAUAACAGCAACAACAACGUUAAUAACAAUCAUGGAGGAUCAAUCACAACUAACACAUCUCCAAGGGACAGUCCUAUUACAAUCCCGUCAAACUCAGCGAGCCCGGCCAAGUUUGAAAUUCCAGUACGAGCAAGCCCUUCACCGGCGAAAUCCGACACUUCGUCAUGUCGUAGUCGUACUCGUAACUCACCAGCUCCCAGUCCAGGAAAGCUGUCAAUUGGUGAUAUCCUCGGAACUGGUAAUCGCAAUAGUCCAACGUUGAGCUCUUUGAUCGGAAAUAUGGGAGGAAAUGCCUCCAAUAUUCAUGAUUUAUAUGCUGCAACGUUCAACUCUCUAGGUGGUUCAAUACCAUCCAAUUUGCUCUCGCAAGAUUACGCCUCUCUAUUUCAAAACACCAAACGCGAUGAGUACGGCCUUUCGGCUUUGAACGCUUUGGCACAGGUAGCAGCUGCAUCAGGGAUAUCUAAUUCGCAAAUAAAUGAGACCCUCUUGCACAGUCUGAAUCGUAGCAUUUCAUCUAAAUCCGGUCAAACAUCAACCGUUACCACCGGUUCGACGACAAUGACGUCUAGCACGGCAUCAGCAUCAUCCUCAAAUGCAGCUGCUGCUGCUAAUUCUUCUGGACUACCUGCUAUUCCCAAUAUGAAGGAGUUCAUGCAGCAGCUCGAAAAAGGAAAUCUCAGUUUACUCAUGCAGUCACAGUAUGCUAACCCGUUAGCCGGCAUGACUGGUCUUUCGGGACAGGCUGCUUCUGGAUCCGGAUCUAUGGGCGGCAUGGGUUCAGGCGGUACAACAGGAACUAGCGGAAAAUCAAGUCGCUCAUCUAGUAAAUCUAGAUCGAAAUCUCAACAGCAGCAGCAAUCUGUUCAACAGCAACUUCAGCAAGCUCAACAGAACCUUUUACAGCAACAGCAACAACAGCAGCAUCAAUCUCUGAUGGACUAUGCCGAUUUUAUGAGCAAAGCAGAUCAAAACAAGCUUGCCGAUUUGAUGAAGUCUCCCGAGUAUUCACAAAUGUUGCUCCAACAAGCGCAAGCGCUGGGCAGUCUUGGAAGUGAAAUAUCCAUUAUCAAAAAACCAUCCUCGAAGGGAUCCUCCGGUGGAUCAGCUAACAAUAACAUCAAUAGUAGUAACAACAGCAACAACAAUAGCAACAGUGCCCCGAGCGGUGGCAACAAGAAGGAUUCGGCUAGUGAUUUGAUUUCAAAAUUGCGCACUAUUUUCUCCACGGAUUCUUACUUGCCACCAAUGCCCACCGCAGCUGAUAUAAAUUUACUAGCCGAUCAGUCACAAAAGGUUCCGGAGAUUCAGCAGAUCCUUAAUUCAGGAAAUUUAGACGACAUCCAGGUUCUGCUGAAAGCGCAAUCCUUGUCGAACAAUACGUUAGAUUUUGCUGCCUUCCUGCAAGGAACUUCUGGUAUUGGAUCUAACGUUGGUGCAGGUGAAGGCAGCAGCAAAUCCAGCCGUAGUGCCGCUGCCAAAGAGGAACGUGAACGUGAAAAGGAAAGAGAACGCGAGCGGGAGCGCGAACGCGAACGCGAGCGUGAAAGGGAACGAGAUAAUGCGAAUGCCGCCGCCGCGGCAGCAGCAGCUGCGGCCGCUGCUAUGAACCCCUAUCUUUCGGCUAGCAAUUUGUCAGCACUGUUUGAACCAGUCCAACGGGCAUCUGGUAAAUCGAGCAGUAAAUCAGACAAAAAUAAGAACUCAGGCAUUGAUCGCAAUAGCACCACUAACGCUGCAUCCAAUCCUGCAGAAAUGUUGAACAGCCUUUUCACGUCGGCUGUUAGUGGUGCUGGAGCGGCUGACAUGAAUGCUCUAUUAUAUGGACAGGGUAAAGUAGCCUCAGAUUUAAGCAUGCUUUUCGGUGCUGUGAGUUCUGCACCGACGUCUUCCGCUAGCUCAAGCACAACUUCAACCGCUGCUGCUGCAGCAGCCGCUAAGCAAAGUCUCGAUUAUCUCUCAAUGUUUCCGAAUUUCUCAUCUGUUAAACUGCCGGAAAUGUCAUCACUCUUUCAGUCGGACAAAUUCGAAAUCCCAGAUCCGCUCGCCAAGGCCACUCUGGAAGCAAACAAUAUGUACCUUGCACCCUCCGCAAGUUUAUUGAAACUUCAGCAAGAAGCGUUCAAUUCAAUGAUGAUGAAACCACCGAAAUCAUCAUCCUCGUCCACAUCAUCAUCAAGCAAAAUUGAAACUCCGCCUCCUAUCGCAGCCUCUCCUGGCGCUCGAUCUACGCCAACCAAGUCCGCUAGCCGCGACAGUCCUUCUCUCGGACCGAAAUACAACUUCAGUGCCGUCGAUUUAGCUGUAUCUAGCGUGCCACUUGCUGCAUCCUCACCGCUGGGCGCGGCCGAUUUAUCUCGUAAAACACCCCAAACACCACCGGUGGACAUGUCUACUCAGCCGACAGGCUCAUCCGGAUCGUCAUCACAGAUCUUACCUCCGUAUAAAAAACGCAUGGAAUUCUCAUCAAUAGCUGAUCUCGUUGCUGCCCCACCCAGCAAGAUGUCGAAAUUGUCAUCCGACAGCAUGGAUCAAUAGACUGUCAGGACGGCUACAGGUCAGUUGACUCACUGAAUGUUUCCCAGUUUUCCAAUUUGUUUGUGAUCGGCAAAAUAUUUUUAUUUCUAUUUAAGAGCCAGACGAAAGCCAUUGAAAAUCGGUUUUCCUAAUUAGGUAUGUUCCAAUAUUCCUUUGGCAAAAGGUACCUAAAGGUUGCUUUUUUUUUAAAUUUGGCUGAUCUGAUUCUUUUAGAUUUACAGUUCUCGACAGUAGCCAGCCAAAAUUUUACUGAUAUUUCACCUAUAUAGCAAUUAUAA